AUGGCAGAAUCACUAGAUGAGUUUAAUACUUGGAAAGUUUCCUCACUUAAAGAAUUUCUUAGUCUUCGUGGACUUUCAGGUGAAGGUACCAAAGCCGAACUUGUUGCUCUGACAUAUGCGGCGAGUCGAUUGUCAUUACCUUGUGUGCCAUCCCAAUCAGAAGUAUUAAGGCUUAAUAAAGAAGAUUAUGAUAAAAUUCUCUCUACACAAGACAUUCCCGACCCAUUGGCUUUGUCAGAAAAGUGGUGUGACGAGAAAGAGGGUAUAGCACACUGGCCACCUACCUUUUUAUCAGACAUUAUUUCUUAUAUAAAUACUGUGAACCCCACCAUCGGAAUAGUUAACAAAUACCUCAGUGAAUAUAAGGUUGGCAAAGCCUAUGAGUACUUCAAAAGUGACUGGUUGAAGGAGGUAUUUUACCACAACAUUAAGAGAGACCAUCCAUCCUGUUUACUCAGAGCUAAAUGUACCCCAUCACAAAGACUAUCUGAUACAGACCAUGAUGUAUGGGCCUGCAUUGAUAAAGAAUCUGGAGAUGUCAAAGCUGCUUACUGUACUUGCACGGCUGGACUUGGUCAGACAUGUAAUCAUGUAGCAGGAUUGCUCUUCAGGAUUGAAUCAGCAAACAGACUUGGCUUAACAAGUUGCACUUCCUCAAAAAGCAAAUGGACCGUUCCAAAUGAAAAGAGUGAACUACACCAUAAGCCACUGGUUGAAAUAGAUAUUGUGAAGUCAAGAAGUAGAAGUAGAUUUCAUGAACACAGCAGACCACUUGUUAAUACAAGCAAGAGGAAUUACAGACCAGUUGCAGAGAUACCAGAUAUUGAUCAGCUUAUCCAAAACCUGAAAGCAGUUACACCAAAUUCUUGUAUGUUUAAAGGUUUUCCUGAUGAAAAAGCAGAACAACCAGCAGCUGUGACUAUGGAUACAUCACAUGCAGAAAAUGUGUCUGAAGUUUCUCUGGAACCGCCUCUUAUUUUUGAUGUCUCAAAACAUUUUUUACCUACCAUUGUGCACCACUUCAAGGCAACAAAGGACAAUUUACAUUUGAAUUUCAUGGAUUUUAUUCCAGAACUUACUGAUGAAGAACAGUUAUCUAUCAACUUUUCAACUUUAGGUCAAUUUCAAAAUCCUGAAUGGGUACAGAUAAGGGAAGGCAGGAUAACAGCCUCAAAUUUUUAUGCUGUGUACACCAGAGUAAACUCUGUAUUAAAAAAACCUGGAGAGAAUGUUGAUAAUUUACUUGGUAUGUUGUGUGGUUAUUCUAAACCCAAUGCAAAUAUAAAGUCACUGAAAUAUGGCCGUGAAAUGGAACCUGAGGCAAAGAAAAUUUAUUAUCAACAAUAUAUUUGUAAUCAUCAAAAUGUUAUAUUGUCUGAUUGUGGCAUAUUUCUAAAUAAGCGUUGUUCAUACCUUGCUGCAUCCCCAGAUGCUCUUGUAACAUGUUCAUGUUGUGGUGAUGGUGUAUUGGAAGUGAAAUGUUUAUGCAUUGAAGAGUGUCAUACAUGUACUUCUAACAGGAAGUUGUAA